CUGAUGCCCUUCUUCCGCCCUAGCGAACGCCUGAAGUGAGGGCAGUUUUAGCAUUUCUUCACACAAGGCGUCGUUUUUUCCGAGCUAAAGCAGACUUUCCAGACCCGAAAAAUGCUUCUUACCAUUCGCAAGCAACUCAAAAGCCACCCGGCUCUGAUUCCUCUUUUCUUCUUCAUCGGAGGAGGAGCGGCCAUGUCCCUCAUGUACCUGGCUCGCCUGGGCCUGAGAAACCCAGACGUUUCUUGGGAUCGCAAGAACAACCCAGAGCCUUGGAACAAACUGAGUCCAAACCACCAGUACAAGUUCUUUACGGUAAACAUGGACUACAGCAAACUGAAGAAGGAUCGUCCAGACUUCUAAAGUUGACACCUCCUGGGAGAACAGCUCAUUCGUCAGCAAAGCCGCACAAUUGGUCUUAUCUUGAACUUCCUUCAUCCAGGGAUAUGAAAAUUUGCAGAAGCCCAAUCCGCACAGCUCAUGCUUCAGUUCAUUGCAUCCCUGGCUUCUUUAAACUGAUUUCUCAUUUUCAAUAAACUAAAGGAGUAUUUUCUCCUUCAUACAGAGCA